UCAAAUUGCUCUUUUCAUGCGCGGUUGGCAGUUUGACCUCAACAUGGCUUCCAACAUCGGGCCAGCGCUGCCUCCCGGUUUCAAAAAAAUAAAUGACAGUGAUCGUGAUAGUGAAGGAGAUUUAGAAACAGAAGAAAAAAUAUGUGCAGGGCCAGCACUACCCCCAGGAUUCAAGACAUCUUCUCCGCCCGUAUAUGGAAAGAGGCAUGUUACAACACCACUGUUCAUGGGACCUGCUUUACCCCCUGGUUUUAAAGAGAAAACUGCAGAACAAUUAGAAGAGAAACCACAGAGCGAAAAAACAUCUAAUGUGAAUUUGUAUGGCCCUGCACUGCCGCCGGGAUUUGCUAAAAAGAACACCGAAGAAGAAAAAGAUACAAUUAAUACUAAAGUAAUGGGCCCUGCUUUACCUCCUGGUUUCCAUGUACAGAAAGACACUACAGAGGAUCCCAAGCAACCAUCUGGUUGCCAUGACAAUAUAGGCAGCUCAUCGUCAGAGGAUGAGGAUUUUAUGAUUGGACCAAUGCCGUGUACGGGCCCAGUACAAAGUUCUGUGGUGUCAGAAUUUGAAGCAAGAGCACAAGCCAUGAAGGACAGGCUAAAUAAGAAAGAUGAAGAUGUAGCUCCCGCAAGAGAAUCUUGGAUGACUGAAUUACCUGAGUAUUCAAAAGCCUUUGGUUUAGGAGCAAGAACAUUCAGGAAAAAAGCAGCUCCCUCAAAUGAAGACAGAUCAGUUUGGACUGACACACCAGCAGAUACAGCAAGGAAGGCCAUGGAACGAGAAACAGAAAGAGAAAAAGCUAAACAGCGAAAGCCUGAGGCAAGAGUGAUGACAGAAAGAGACAAGAAACUUGCAGAACAAGUUGCCCGACACAAUGAAGGAAGAAGAUCAGCCACCUUGAUGGAAAUACACACAAAAGAUAGAAAACGGAAAGCAGAGGAAGAUGGAGUACAAUCAACUGAGAGACGACCAUUUGAUCGUGAACGUGACCUUAACGUGAACCAAUUUGACGAUGCAAAGAAGAAACAGAUGAUGAAACGAGCUGCAGGAUUGGAUAAUAAAUUCUCUCACAGUAAAGAUGGAGUAUUCCUUUAAAAAUGAGAAUGUUGAUAUUUUAUUUUACUGAUAGUUUGCAUGACAACUUUUGACAUCUCAAAGGACAAUGAAUACUCAAAAUAUAGUUGUUGUGGCAAAAAAAACAAAAAAGAGGAAUGUAUGAACAUGUGUCUUCAUUCACCAUGACCAUUCGAUCGCAUUGGAAUGAAUGAAUGAAUGAAUGAACAGGUAUGGGGGCUAAUUGUAUGUCUGUUGUAAAAAUCUGCAUUAACAACGUUUGAUUGCAUUCUUGAAAUCAAAGUUCCCAAAUUAGGGUGGCACUCGGACUCCUGUUAUUAAAUUAUAUGGUAUUGAAUAAAUGUGUAUACCAGUAGUAAUUGUUUCUGGAUAUUCUUGAUAUUCAAAUAGCAUUGAUUUCAUUAUUCAUGAACCUUUUAAGACAAACAGUUGUAUUUCUGAUGGCUAUGUUAUUAAAAUAAUUUUACAAUUUGUAAACUUCCCAGGUAUUCACAACAAAUCACAAGGGAUAGAAAUUACAUCAGCUUUUUUCAAUAUUCUAUGGUUAUGUCACAUCUAUUGUAUGUAGGCAUAAUACUGAUUGAACACGCAAUUUACAUCAGUGUCUUAGCUCAAUACAAAU